AUGUUGUCCCCCACCAUGCUCGUGCUCCUGUACCUCCCGCAGUUCUCGACGGUGCCCGGUGACUUCUUCUUUGGGCUCAAGGCGCUGAUCGCGCUGUUCACCGACGUGAUAUUGGCGAGUUUCCGAUGGCUUGAGAGGGCGAGCGAGCUCCGCGUCGAUGGCAAUCAACUAGUGGGGCCAAUACCCUUCGACAAGGAGAUGAUGUGGAGACUAGGCAAGAAGUUGCGCGCCAUCGGCAACGAUGGGCUCUGCUAUGGCACCAAACAAGAAGUCCUUGAGGGUGUCGUUGCGCUUGCUGGUGUUGCGGACUGCUACAGUGUGAGGAGGAGCAAGAGGCACGACGGGUGGGAGCAGGUGGGCACAUGUGGGAUUGGGACUCUGGCUGGUUCCCUAUAUCUAGCUAGGAUGGAGAAGGGUAUUGGGAGCCUCUAA